AUGCAUCCUACAACCAUUGCGGCCGUGGCCGUGUUGUCCGUUUGCUUUGGAGCUCCCUUGGACGCCCGUCACGCCGAAACCCAGGAAUACGAGGAACCAUGUAAGCAGGUCCGGAACCACGUCGCUAAGUGGAUGUCGGAGAAUAAUAUUGUGCCAAAAGAUUCUACGGAAUUUGAACAGGCAAUCAUUCCAGCGGCCCCCGCCGCACCGAUUCCGCCCUCCAUCGCCUUUGAAUGCCUCAAAUCCGUGCCCUUAUACAAGGAUACGGCAUUGGGGCAGUUGAACUUUCUCCGACCCUUGUUUGAGUGGCAAAGUACUCUCGAUGAUCUUCGCGAACCCCCUGAGGGGUAUCUUUCCGAGGGGGUUGAUCUUCUUGGUGGCCUCGACAACAUCACAGCCAAGCUGCAGGAGGCUCAAGGGAGCUACAAAAAUGAGUUUGAGUUCUUGGCCGACUUGUAUACCUUGACCUCGGUCAGGCCCAGGGACUUGCAUUUCAGAUACACCAGCUCCCUUUUUGAUCUUUUCAGCUUCCCAAGACCAGCGCGAUUUGUCUCGAUUUCCACGGACGGAAUUUCAGAGCCCAAGAUAUAUCUACAUGCCGAUGUUAACCACGCUGAGCGCCGGUAUACCCCAUCACCGGUGUUAACAAUCGAUGGGAUCCCAGCUCUGGAGUUUCUACAAAAGGAGUCCGUCAAGGACGGUGGGUGCCACGAUCCAGACGCUCGCUUCAAUAGACAGUUCCCAAGUCUCGCCAACGACGCAGCUCUGGUCUACACUCCGUCAGAACCAGCAGCGUUGGACCUCCGCGAUACCACAACGGUGGAGUGCCAGAAUGGAACAAAGUUUGAGUUUAGCAAUUUCGCUUUUGUCCGGGGUAACUUCAGCAACAUUACCACUGGAGUUGACUUGUACAAUGACUUCGGCCGGGGCAACGGCACGGGCCCACGGACUAGCGAAGCCGGGAAUUAUGUGUUACUCGCGAAGAAUUACACCAGUCAUUUUGUUGGCUACCCUAUCCCUACCAACCGAACCAAGAAUGGAAACGUGGCGGGCUUCCUUCCUAACAAGCCCGAGUUCUCGGACGUGGCUGUGCUCGUUGUUAAUAGCUUCCAAGGAAUCCUCGGUCCAGAUACAUUUGUUACGCCACCCGGCGUGUACUUCCAGGAGUUCUUCAACGUCACCACCGACUUCAUCCGCGCCGCCAAAGCCGCCAACCGCAGCAAGCUAAUCCUGGACGUCCAAGGCAACAGCGGCGGCCUCGUCUACAACAUCGCCACACUCUACUUCGCCCUCUUCCCCGGCAGCACCCUCCCGCAACUCUCCCGUGCCCGCUCCCACCCUCAAUUUGCCUGGCUGGGCGCCCACCUCUGGAACGGCACCACCUCUCCCGCCGCCGGCGUCUGGCCCCUCAACAACUUCAUCCGCCCGGACCACCACCCCUGGACCUCCUUCGCCGACCUCUACGGCCCCCACCCAGACACCGGCACCCCUCACGAAUACACCAACCCCUCUAUCUUCAACGUAACUAACUACACACAACUAUUCGCCGCGUACCAGGACCCCCUCAACGCCAACGGCGCGCAGUACACCAUCCCCUGGACCGAGCCCCCCUUCGCGCCCGAGGAUAUCCUCAUCGUUAGCGACGGGCAGUGCGGGUCCGCGUGCGCCAUGACCGUGUCGAUGUUGACGCAUGUGCAUGGCGUGCGGACCGUUGCGCUGGGCGGGCGGCCGCUGCUUGCGCCGAUGCAGGCGCUGGGGCAGACAAAGGGCGGGCCGGUGAUCAACUUUGCGGGGAUGCCGGAGGUGGAUCGGGGGGCGGUGCCUGAGGGGUUGGUGCUGCCACCGCCGGCGGACGGGUUUAAACCACCGUUGAGGGUGCCGGGGUUGGAGGGGGUAAGGGGGUUGGGGUGGGGCGUGACGGUUAGUUUUAAUGUGGUGAAUAUGUUUCCGUGGGGAGAGGAGAUGGAAGAGGGGGAGGUGCCGUUGCAGAUGCGGUAUGAGGCGGCGAAUUGUAAGCUAUUCUUUACGUGGGAUAUGGCGAGGGAUAUUACAGCUGUCUGGGGGGCUGCUGCUGCUGCUGCGUGGCAAGGCGGGCAGUGUGUGCCUGGUUCGACAACGAAUGAGGAGGGGACAAUGGGGGGAAUACCUGGGUACACUGAGAAGGUUGCUGAUCAGUAUAAGUUGGGAGAUGGGCCAGGUGUUUUCGGGUCUGACUAA